UAAAUUCAAGUGGCAAUGUGUAAGUAUGACAUAUCCAAAGAGAAUGAAAUAGGUUAUUCCAAUUUCCAACGUAUUGUGAAAUUAGAAAUGGCUACUUCAUACCGUUUGUCACCUCUCUCUGCCUCUUGUUUACUGGCUUUAUUUUGUUUCUCCGAGCUUUGCUUCUGUCGAUCAACUGCGGCUGUCGGAUGGUCCCCAACGAAUGCAACAUGUCUACAACUACAAAUACCCAGCAACAUCCGCACCUCCAUCACAACAAGAAAUACUACUGAAAAGCAGAAAAAUCAUAGCUUUCCCUUCAUACCCAGAUCGACAAUCAAAGCAACAGACAGAGCAAUCUCUGCAUCGGCACCAGAGGCAGCAACUAUGGUCAAAGCCAUUAGGGUUCAUGAACUUGGUGGCCCUGAGGUUCUGAAGUGGGAAGAUGUGGAAAUAGGAGAGCCAAAGGAGGGUGAGAUCCGAGUGAAAAACAAGGCUAUUGGGCUUAACUUCAUCGAUGUCUACUUCCGCAAAGGAGUUUAUAAGGCCUCCACAAUGCCCUUUACUCCAGGUAUGGAGGCAGCUGGUGUGGUGACAGCUGUGGGCCCGGGAUUAACGGGUAGAAAAGUUGGAGAUGUUGUGGCUUAUGCUGGUAGUCCAAUGGGUUCAUAUGCUGAGGAGCAGAUCCUACCUGCCGAGAGAGUGGUCCCUGUUCCGCCAUCCUUGGAUCCAAUUGUAGCAGCAUCUGUCAUCCUCAAGGGAAUGACAGCUCAUAUGCUAGUUCGCCGGUGCUUUAAGGUUGAACCUGGACACACUGUCUUUGUUCAUGCGGCAGCUGGUGGAGUUGGGUCUCUCUUAUGCCAGUGGGCAAAUGCACUUGGUGCCACUGUCAUUGGAACCGUCUCAACCACAGAGAAGGCGGCUCAAGCCAAAGAAGAUGGAUGCCACCAUGUGAUAAUGUACAAGGAAGAGGAUUUUGUGACCCGUGUCAACGAGAUAACAUCAGGAAAAGGGGUAGAUGUUGUCUAUGAUUCUGUUGGAAAAGACACCUUUCAGGGAUCCUUAGCAUGCCUCAAAUCUCGUGGAUACAUGGUGAGUUAUGGGCAGUCGUCUGGAAUGCCAGACCCCCUCCCCCUGACAGAACUUGCUGCAAAGGCGCUGUUCUUGACAAGGGCUUCCCUUUUUUCAUAUACUGCCACCAGGGAUGAGCUUCUACAAGCUGCUGGCGAGGUCUUUUCUAAUGUUGCCUCCGGCAUCUUGCGAGUCCGCAUAAACCACAAGUAUCCUUUGUCUCAGGUAGCACAGGCCCAUGAAGACCUUGAGGGUCGGAAAACGUCUGGUUCUGUGGUGUUGAUACCCGAUGGAGUAUUUGAGCAGUGAGUUUUCUUCGUCCAACUUUGGUGUUUUUCUUUCUGAAUGGACGUAUUGGCUGGAGGAGUUGGAUUGUAUUGGUAUAUAUUUGUUCUUCAAGUCUUCUGUACUCUCUUUAUGACAAAGGCGGAGAUAUCUGCUUCAGAUAAUGUGUUCAUCUGAGAACUAUUGUGAAAAAAUAAAAUGAUGGGUCACGUGUGGCGGUUUUAA